AACUAAGCCCUUCUCAUUUCACUGUCAAUUAUUAGAACUUGCCAGUCUUUGCAAACUCAUAGCACUUCUUUGUGUCUAGCAAUAGAAAGAGUGCUAGAGAUUUGAAUUCUUUUUGUUAAGAACAACAAAAAAAAAAACAAGAAAUGGCAUUUUCUGCAGAACACUGGGCUUUUGCUUUUGGUGUCCUUGGCAACAUCGUUUCGUUCAUCGUAUUCCUUUCUCCACUGCCCACGUUUUACACAAUUUACAAGAAGAAAACAGCUGAAGGGUACCAAUCAAUUCCAUACGUGGUUGCUCUCUUUAGUUCCAUGCUUUGGAUAUACUAUGCAUUUUUGAAGAGCAACACAACACUUCUCAUAACUAUUAACUCAUUUGGUGUCUUCGUUGAAACUAUCUACGUUGCUUUCUACAUUUUCUACGCACCAAAAAUAUCAAGGGUCCAAACUAUAAAGAUGAUCUUAUUAUUUGUUGUGGGUGGAUUUGGUGCAAUAAUUUUGGUUACUCAAUUUCUAUUCAAAGGAGCCAUUCGUGGACAAGUUGUUGGAUGGAUUUGCCUUAUUUUCUCCUUAUGUGUCUUUGUUGCACCCUUAGGCAUUGUGAGAAAAGUCAUCAAAACAAAGAGUGUGGAAUACAUGCCACUUCUCCUAUCAGUUUUUCUGACGUUAAGUGCUGUUAUGUGGUUCUUCUAUGGUCUUUUAUUAAAAGACAUUAACAUCGCUGCUCCAAAUGUACUGGGAUUCAUCUUCGGUAUACUCCAAAUGAUUCUCUAUGUAAUAUACAGCAAAAAAGAGUCGGCCAUUCUUAAGGAACAGAAACUUCCAGAGAUACAAAAGCCUGAAGUCAUUGUGAAGGAUGACAACAUGAAUACUAAUAAUAAGAAGUUUCCAGAACUUACACAAGAACAAAUUAUUGACAUAGUAAGGCUUGGUUUAAUGGUUUGCAAAGAUAAAGUACACGUGGCGACGUGUCCGCAUGGUACUACAUGUGAAGCUAAAGUUGAUGAGACCACGCCCAAGCUGCAAACUGUGGAAGUCUAGAAUGCAAUAGAAACAAAAACAGACGACGAAUUAUCUACUCUUAACAAGCAAAGCGACUCCUCAAUUAAAGAACAAGAAUACAAGUUCGAGUUUGUUUUAGUCUUUAGUUUCCUAAUCCUAAAUGUGUUUAAAUUAGUUAAAUUUUCGUACGUCUAAGUUUUUUUUCCUUUCUUCUUGCACUAAGAAAGCUAGAUAAAAUGGAUGUUGAUACUUAGAGAGUCUGGCUAGCUGUGUGUUGGAUUUUCUUUAUUAGCAAUAAAAGUUUAACUUUUUUCUCCAA